CGUGACGUGAGCGCUCGUCCCCGUCACGUGUUCCUCCCGCUGGGCCUCCGAGCUCCUCUCUUCUCCCGGUCCUCCCCACCUCGGGCGUGCGAGGGCUGCGCGCAUGCGCAGCGCGCAGCUGUCAUCAGGGCACGGAAGAAGUCGUCCCGGGGAGAACGAGGGGUAGAAGCUUGGGAGUGUUCGUUGAGUGUGGGCAGGAGGGGGAAGAACGCAUAUCCGGCGUGCGGCGCAGUCGCCUGCCUCUCUUCGCUGCGGCCGCACGAUCCUUUUCUCUCGGACAGCUGGAUUGAAAGUGAACCACAAUGGCGGCAGUCACGUCUGAUAGUCCUCCAAAUCCAAGCUGCAAAAUCAUGACUUUUAGGCCUUCAAUGGACGAAUUCAGAGAGUUCAACAAAUACUUAGCAUACAUGGAAUCACAAGGUGCUCAUAGGGCUGGAGUUGCAAAGGUUAUCCCACCAAAGGAAUGGAAGCCAAGAAAACAUUAUGAUGAUAUUGAAGAUUUGGUGAUUCCUGCUCCAAUUCAGCAGAUGGUCACUGGCCAGUCAGGGCUCUUCACACAAUAUAACAUUCAGAAAAAGCCAAUGACGGUGAAGGAAUUCAAGCAGCUGGCCAACAGUGACAAAUACUGCACCCCAAGAUACGUAGAUUAUGAAGAUCUGGAGCGUAAAUAUUGGAAGAACUUGACUUUUGUGGCACCAAUUUAUGGAGCAGAUAUCAAUGGGAGCAUUUAUGAUAAAGGUAUUGAGGAAUGGAAUAUUGCUCAUCUUAAUACAAUACUGGAUGUUGUAGGAGAAGACUGUGGAAUUUCUAUUGAGGGUGUAAAUACCCCAUAUCUGUAUUUUGGCAUGUGGAAAACAACAUUUGCAUGGCACACUGAAGAUAUGGAUCUCUACAGCAUUAAUUAUCUCCAUUUUGGGGAGCCGAAGUCAUGGUAUGCAAUUCCUCCAGAGCAUGGGAAACGGCUCGAACGACUGGCUCAAGGAUUCUUCCCAAGCAGCUCCCAUGGAUGUAAUGCAUUUCUUCGCCACAAGAUGACUCUGAUUUCUCCCUCAAUACUGAAAAAGUACGGAAUUCCUUUUGACAAGGUUACACAAGAGGCAGGAGAAUUUAUGAUCACUUUCCCAUAUGGAUACCAUGCAGGAUUUAACCACGGCUUCAACUGUGCAGAGUCAACAAACUUUGCAACCAUCAGAUGGAUUGAUUAUGGAAAAGCAGCAAAAUUGUGCACCUGCAGGAAAGACAUGGUCACAAUUUCCAUGGACGUUUUUGUGAGGAAGUUUCAGCCAGACAGAUACCAGCUGUGGAAACAAGGCAAAGAUUUAUAUACCAUUGAUCAUACAAAGCCGACUCCUGAAUCAACACCUGAAGUAAGGAUGUGGCUACAGAGAAGAAAGAAAAUAAGGAAACUUUCCAACAGCAGCUUCCAGCACAACAGAUCUCGAUCUAAAAAGCUUAAAACUCCAGGGGACAAGAGACAAUCUGCUAUGGCAACUGGUGCAGAAAUCAAAGAGACUGAAGCAACUACUGAUGGCUUCAAGGUCAAUGAAAAACCAGAUGAAAAAGUGAGACCGCUAAGUACAGAAGUGCCUUCUGGAGAAGAAGAAAGCAGUAGUAGAAUGCAGCUGGAUCAACAUUUAUUGGAUAAUGUCAAGGUUGCAGGAAUGGAACCAAAAGCUGAUGAGGAUAAGGAAGAUUCCAGUGACUCUCUCGUUACAUUUGAAGAUUCAGAGGCCUGUGUGCCCAGUUCUAAUAGCUGUAAGAAAGAAGAGAGUUUGAAAACUCAGUAUAAGUCUAAAUCAUCCAUGCCAUACCUGAAGUGCCAGGAACAUAAUUCUGAGGCAGAAAACCCUGCUAAAAAGGUGAAUGUCUCUACAGAGGAUGAUGUCAGUGACCUAGAGAGUGGAAAUAGCUUGAGACAUGGUGAAGUACCAGUUACAAAAAGGAAUGAAGAUGAUGACAUGGAAACAUCCAAUUCAGCAGAAACUGAAGGAAAGAAGGUAUCUAAGAGCUGGCGUCAUCCACUAAAUAAACCCCCAGCUAGAUCUCCAAUGACUUUGGUUAAACAGCAAGCAACUAGUGAUGAAGAACUGCCUGAAACUGCAUUUACUGAAGAGGAAGUUCAAGAGACGGAGACAUGGGCCAGGCCUCUUGUCCACCUUUGGCAGACAAGAACACCUAAUUUCAAUGCUGAAAAAGAAUACAAUGCAUGUUGUGCAAAAAAGGAACCCCACUGUGCUAUUUGCACUCUUCUCAUGCCGUACUACAAGCCAGACAAUCUUGAUGAAGAAAAUUCUACUUACAAGGAAACAAACUUAGAAGAAAAACUGAUGAUUGAAAAUGAGAAGUCUAGACCUCUUAUUCCAGAGAUGUGUUUUAUUUAUAGUGAAGAAAACACUGAAAACUCUCCAUCAAAUGCCUUAAUUGAUGAGGAUGGAACAAGUCUUCUUAUUUCCUGUGCAAAGUGUUGUGUACGAGUACAUGCAAGUUGCUAUGGUGUUCCUUCUCAUGAAAUCCAUAAUGAAUGGUUGUGUUCUCGAUGCAGAACAGAAGCAUGGACAGCUGAAUGUUGUCUCUGCAAUUUGAGAGGCGGUGCAUUAAAACAAACUACUGACAAGAAGUGGGCUCAUGUAAUGUGUGCAAUUGCUGUUCCAGAAGUCAGAUUUGGUAAUGUCACAGAACGUACACCGAUAGACACUAGCAGAAUACCUUUACAAAGAUUAAAAUUGAAAUGUAUUUUCUGCAGACAGAGAGUUAAGAAAACCUCAGGUGCCUGCAUUCAGUGUUCGUAUGGACGCUGUCCAGCCUCCUUCCAUGUGACCUGUGCCCAUGCUGCAGGAGUGCUCAUGGAGCCUGAUGACUGGCCGUAUGUUGUCUACAUCACUUGUUUCAGGCACAAGAUCAACCAAAAUGUGAGAACUAAAGCAUGUGAGAAGACCAUUACAGUUGGGCAGACGGUCAUAGCGAAACAUAGGAAUACGAGAUACUACAGCUGCAGAGUCAUUGGAGUGACAUCACAGCUUUUCUAUGAAGUCAUGUUUGAUGAUGGUUCUUUUAGUCGGGAUACUUUUCCUGAAGACAUCGUGAGCAGAGAUUGCCUAAAGCUGGGCCCACCUGCAGAGGGAGAGGUUGUUCAAGUGAAGUGGCCUGAUGGAAAGCUGUAUGGUGCAAAGUAUCUGGGACCAAACACAGCUCACAUGUAUCAGGUUGAGUUUGAGGAUGGUUCUGAAAUACUAAUGAAGAGAGAAGAAAUCUAUACUCUAGAUGAAGAGCUUCCUAAAAGAGUGAAAGCACGUUUUUCUACGGCGUCUGACAUGAGAUUUGAAGACACGUUUUAUGGAGCGGAUAUUAUUCUGGGAGAAAAGAAGAGACAGAGAGUACUGAGUUCCCGUUUCAAGAAUGAGUAUGUAGAUGAUCCAGGAUACCGCACCUUCUUAAAAAGCUCGUUCCAGAAGAAGUGCCAGAAGGGACAAUAAAGGAAGUAAUGAAGAGACGAAGACAGACAGAAAGACACACACACACACACUGUUUUAGACUGGUUAUAGCUGACUAAAAA